AACUAUUUGUCACUGCAAGCCACCAACUGCGCAGGCAGAGGAGCAAAUCGGGGGCCGAAUCACCGGCGCCGGCGGCCGUCCUUCCAGCUUCCUCUGCACUCUCGUCUCGUGCUGGAGGCCCUGGCUCUCAUGGAAGCGAAGAGUGACAUCAUCAACAAGGAAGGAGAAGGGAAGCAAAAUGUCACCAUGAGGAUGGAUGUGUUCAACUGCUCCAUCUGCUCUAAGCCCCUCGGGCCUCCCAUUUUCCAGUGUUCUAAGGGGAAUUCCAUCUGCUCGGCUUGUUGCGAACAACUCCCGGAAAGCAAGCGUGCUGCUGUCCAUCGCUGCUAUAUCAUGGAGCGUGUCGUCGACAACAUGUUCGUUUCUUGCAAACACGGAUGCGGAAGGAAGAUGACCUACUACAGGCAGGACACACACGAGAGGGAGUGCCCGAUCGGGCCGUGCAUGUGCCCAGUCUCCGGCUGCGGCUUCGUUGCGCCAGCCGUCGUGCUUCUGGACCAUCUCACCACCCUACACAAGUUGCCAACAACGCAGGUCGAAUUAUUCAUGAUGUUUCACCUCCCAGUCCAGGCUGGCUCUCAAGUUCUCUGCAGCAGAAACGGUCGCCUCUUCCUGCUUGAGAUGGCGUCGCUUGGGUCCUUUGGCCAUGCGGUCUUCCUCGUUUGUGUUCGGCCAGAGACUCCCCGGGCCACAGUGGAUGCCUUUGUGGAGUUCUCUUGCUUUGAAGGACACUUUCAUGCCUCAAAGCUUAAAAUCAUACCAGAUGGGGAACCAAGGCAAUGCUUGUGUGUCGUUCCCGCCGGCAGAGAAAUCAGUGUCCAUAUUGGCAUCAGUAUAUGGAUGGAGUACCUUGACAACGAUGAGCUGCAGGAGGAGGAGGAGAAGGAGAUGGAUGAGUUGGAUGACGCUUUCCAAGAGUUCGACUAUGACUUCGACCAGGAUGAGGAGGAUGACGCUGUCCAAGAGUACGGAUCCGACUUUGACGAGGAGGAGGAUGAUUGAUAUAUCGUCCCAUCAAUGUCUAUGGGAAGAUACCUGUGCAAGACCUAGGUUGCAAUGCGCCCUGAAAUGCUUUAUGCCGUUUCUCUCCUACAUUCAGACACGGUGGUGGUUGUUCCAUUAAGUAGUUUGUGCUUUAUCUAUUAGUGCCCCAAGCUGUCAAUUUAAGGACAGUAAAACUGAGCCUAAAGCGAGGCUUGACAGCGAUUUGCGUUUCUGGUCGUCGGAUCCCGUGUCUUGAUAGUUAUCGGCCGUCUGAUGCACGAUUACCUCU